UGCUAUCGACAACAAGCAAGCAACGUCACUCUUCCGUAAAAGAAAAUGCAGGGCGUUGUGGAGAAAACUAUAUUUUCGUGUGCAUUGGAAGAUGAUGUAGAAGGACUAAAGAGUCUGUUGGGAAGUAACAGUGACUCCGACAAUGAACAAUCGAGGAAUAUUAUGCGGGAAAAGGAUGAGGUGGGCAGAAGCGCUCUCUUCACCGCGUGCAUGUUAGGACGAAGCUGCAUCCUGCGCGAGCUCGUGAAGAACGGCGCUGACGUCAAUGAGCUCACCGUGCGCGGGUACUCACCAUUGCAUUCUUCUGCCAUGUGGGGUCAGCUGGACACAUUGAAAACUCUGGUUGAGCUCAACGCUGAUUUACAAGCUACCAACUUCCUUGGAGAGAAGGCAGUUGAUGUGGCCCGUCGCUAUUGCAAACCGGACUGCGAAGAAUACCUUGCAUGGGCUGAUGCUAAACAAGAUUUGCAAGCAUUAAUAAACAGAGUCAAGGAAACUAUAGCCGAUGCAGAAAAAGGUCCAGGGAAGCUAAAUAAGGCGGACAAGAACAUAUGUAUAAACACCUGCUCGGCGAAAUCAGACUGGAUGCAAAGCACCAAAAAUGCAACAAUUCAAGAGUUCAUUGAACAGAAGAAUAACCUUGAAAGUGUAGUUGAACCUAUUCUGCUCAGGCUUAACACCAUGUCUGAAACCCCGACGAAGACAAGAAAGCAUUAGAGCUAUAAUUACAAACAAACAUUCGCUGCACUACAUGCUUUCUAUGUGUCUAUGUUUUCUGCUUUUGUGGAGAUGUAAUUCAAUAACAAGAUGUUAUAAGACAUGCUUUACAAAUACUGAAAUAUGAAUAAAUAAAUCCUGAUGAACGA